AUGUCAGACGAUGAGGCCGACCCAGAACUCGUUGCCCUCCUACGGGCGCAUUUUCUAGGACAACCUGCCGCCGCUGCCGAGCCAGAGACUGGCGUGCUUGAUGGCGUCGAGUAUGUCUACGACAACGCUAUCGACGUUGCGCUGGACAUGUGGUCCUGCAAGACAGCCGCCAAUUCCAUCUACCGACAGAUGCAGGAAAAGUCUUAUUCGACGGCGACAUGGUCCGAGCACGAGCUUCAUCCCAAGAGCAAAGACGAGGCCACCGUGAACUUCAUCUUCACCAUGGACCUGCUGAAUUUCUCGUUUUGGUCCGAGCUGCCUGAGGACAAGAGGUUUGCUAUCUCGUAUAGAGGCAAGACGUGGACAGGGUACUGGAGCCUUGUGGCGGCGCUGCAGAGGGCCAUUGAUGAAGAUAUCCCCAUCACGGACCCGCAUUUUUGGCAGGACGAGAAUGAGUGCACGCUGGAAAAGUUGAGACAUGUCUUCCGGUCAUCUACAGAUGAGGAGAUACCCCUCCUCGAACGUCGUCUGGAGUGUUUGCGCGAAGCUGGAAAGAUUCUCUACGAAAAAUACUCCUGCAGGUUCACAAACUGCAUCGACGCAGCCAAUGGCUCAGCUGCAGGUCUCGUCAACCUAUUGGCAGAAGACUUCUCCUGCUUCCGGGAUGAAUACCGGUGGAAGGGGAGGAAGAAACCCAUUCGCUUCCUCAAGCGAGCCCAGAUCCUGGUCGCGGACCUGUGGGCGUGCUUCCAGGGCGAGAGCUACGGCGCGUUCCGGGACAUUGGCAAGAUUACCAUGUUUGCAGACUACAGGGUGCCGCAAAUCUUGAGCACGAUGGGAUGCAUCUCAUAUAGCCCCCCGCUCAUGACGGCUAUAAAGGAGAAGGCGAUGAUUCAGAGCGGUGGCACCUGGGAGAUGCAAGUGAGAGCUUGUAGUAUCUGGUGUGUGGAAUUGAUCAGACGAGAGAUCAAACGGAAUCAUCCUGAUGUCGAGAUUAAUGCCAUCUUGAUUGACUUUUUCCUGUACGAUCUAAUGAAGGAGCUGGAGGCGAAGGGGCAGGAAACACUUCCGCAUCAUCGGACGAGGAGCAUUUGGUACUGA